AUGCUUGGAGUCGAUGCGAUCGCGGACAGCGGUCUGCGGCAAUGCAAGUCGUGGACCGAUGUACAGCAGGUUCUCCAGCGCAUGCACGAGAAUGUUCUUUAUGCUCCGAGAUCUUCUGGCAUUUUCAUCGAAGUGUGGGCAGCCACAGCGAAGAACGCCGUGUUGUGGGCGUUCAACCAGGCUCCACCUGCACUAACAGUCAUCCAAGCACAAGCGAUGUUGCAUGGAGUCUUGCGUGACAUGCAUCAGCACCUCCUAGGUGGUGAAUACCUCCGCAAAGGACAGCCAGAACCACAUCACGCAACUACGUAUUACGUGGGUGUCCUUGAGAAGCUCGUCCAAGUCGCGCCGACGUCGUCCGUGGAAGCAUUUGGCAUUGUCCUCGCCUACUGCUACGUCCAUGGGUCGUUGCUAGACGAGGCAACUUCCGUCACAAAUGUGUUGUCAUCGAUGGCCUCGGUGCAACGCGACAGACUUAAAGUGGUCAAAGGUUGGAUAGCUCUCCGACAGAACGACCUUGGCUCGGCCGUGUCACUGCUUCAAGCCAACGGCGCGAUAUCCACCACCACGCCAUUGCAAGGAUUUUGGCUUGCAUAUUCGUGGGUACAUCAACGAACGCGCCACAAUAUACCCCUACACACCCCGUCGUAUCCGUCCACGGCCGUCUCGUCCGACGAGAUCUGGACCCUUCUCGAGACCGCCAUGGCAGGCGACAUUCGACCCAUCGUGUGCCUCAACAUGCAGGCGUGGCUUCUGACCCAACACCGCAUUGUUGUCGGCGCUGCGGAGGACGUUACAGCUGGCGACUGCUUGGCGAAGGCCAUUGCGCUGGACUAUGACCAGGGAGAGAAAAGCACCAACCUGUCGCUGUUCAACUACGCGAUGCUGCUUGGACGACUGGGCAAGUGGACUGAUAUGCAGCAAGUGCUCCAGUACUGCCUCGACGACAUACACGUCGGUCCUUCCACAACCCAAACAACAAGCCCCGCGCCUCAAGAAAGCGCCUGGUCAAUAUCCGUGCGUCCCGUAGCAUCUCCGUUAACAUUGGCCACUGUGCAAGCCUACAUGGCCCGCACCUGCAUUCAAUCUCAGGAUUACAGCACGGCUCGCGUGAUGUUUCAGCGACUGGAAUUGGCGGCCACGGACAGGGUUUCUAUUGGUCCUUUUCAGCUGUCGAGUUUAGUUCGAGACCACGUGUACGUGCUAUUGGAGGUAAACGCACACCGAGAGGCGUUGGGGGUGUGCGAUGCCGCUCUCCAACGCUACCAGGGGGACCCAGUGCUGCUACUGUACAAAGCCGACGCCCUCUUUUGUCUGGAGCAAGUUCAAGAAUGUGACUGGACACUGCAGCAGCUCGAUACGGCGCUGUCGGGUGAAGACGAUGACGAAGCCCCGAACGACUUGUAUGCGCAGGUGCUGAACAACCAGGCGCUAGUCCUGGCCUGCCACGGCCGUACGGACGACGCCCUGCGAAAACUGUACGACUGUCGACGGCGGUUUCCAACAUGUGCGCACGCCUUGCUCAAUUUGACAGUGCUGCUGUGGCGCCAGGGUAAACAAGUCGCGGCAUGUACAACUUGGCUCGCCGGUCGACAGAUCGUCCACAGCAGUCGUACCUCGGCCGACGCAACGACACCGCCCACGUCGCACGUCCCCGCUGGACAGCAAGGUCAGAUUUGUCCCCAACAAAUCGCGGCUUUGGAUCGCAUGGUGGACAUGUUCUGGGCGGACGACGGCCGAAUGCGCGCCAUCAAGCAGUCCCUUCAAGUGGUUGAGCAUUACACCAGCAUCUGUGGCCAUGAAAGUAGUUCUGGCAAUGCACCACUUAACACCCCUAAUUAA